CUCCUCCCCCCGCCCGCGGCUCAGCGCCGCCUGAGAGGAAACAAAGUGCUGCGGGCGGGAGACUCGGCGGCGGCGGCGGCGGCGGCGGCGGCGCGCGGACUCUGCUCGGCUCUCCCGGCCACCCUCACCCCGUAUUUCCCGAGCGUGUGUGCGCGCGUGUGUGCUUCGUCCUUCCCCCCGACGUCGGCCUUUCAGCGAGCGCGGAUCGUCGGUUCGUGCCUUCCCUCAGGCUUCUCCGCCUGCCGCCCCCUCCGUGUUCCGGCGCUGCCCGCGGCCUCCGCGCUCAGCUCUCCUCGCCGAUCGCCAUGGCGACAGCGACCCCCGUGCCGCCGCGGACGGGCAGCCGCGCCGGCGGCCCCGCCACGCCACUGAGCCCCACGCGGCUGUCGCGGCUGCAAGAGAAGGAGGAGCUGCGCGAGCUCAACGACCGGCUGGCCGUGUACAUCGACAAGGUGCGCAGCCUGGAGACGGAGAACAGCGCGCUGCAGCUGCAGGUGACGGAGCGUGAGGAGGUGCGCGGCCGCGAGCUCACCGGCCUCAAGGCACUCUACGAGACCGAGCUGGCCGACGCGCGACGCGCGCUCGACGACACGGCCCGCGAGCGCGCCAAGCUGCAGAUCGAGCUAGGCAAGUUCAAGGCCGAGCACGACCAGCUGCUCCUCAAUUAUGCUAAGAAAGAAUCUGAUCUCAGUGGAGCCCAGAUCAAGCUUCGAGAAUACGAAGCAGCGCUGAAUUCGAAAGAUGCAGCUCUGGCUACUGCACUUGGUGAUAAAAAAAGUUUAGAGAGCGAUUUGGAGGAUCUGAAGGAUCAGAUUGCCCAGUUGGAAGCCUCUUUAGCUGCUGCGAAAAAACAGUUAGCAGAUGAAACUUUACUUAAAGUGGAUUUGGAGAAUCGCUGUCAGAGCCUUACUGAGGACUUGGAGUUUCGUAAAAACAUGUAUGAGGAGGAGAUUAAUGAGACCAGAAGGAAGCAUGAAACUCGCUUGGUAGAGGUGGAUUCUGGGCGUCAGAUUGAGUAUGAGUACAAGCUGGCUCAAGCCCUUCAUGAGAUGAGAGAGCAACACGAUGCCCAAGUCAAGCUGUACAAGGAAGAGCUGGAGCAGACUUACCACACCAAACUUGAGAAUGCCAGACUGUCGUCAGAGAUGAAUACAUCUACUGUCAAUAGUGCCAGGGAAGAACUGAUGGAGAGUCGUAUGAGAAUUGAGAGCCUCUCAUCUCAGCUUUCUAAUCUACAGAAAGAGUCUAGAGCAUGUUUGGAGAGGAUUCAAGAGUUGGAGGACUUGCUUGCUAAAGAAAGAGACAACUCUCGCCGCAUGCUGUCUGACAAAGAGAGAGAGAUGGCGGAAAUCCGGGAUCAGAUGCAGCAACAGCUGAAUGAUUAUGAACAACUUCUUGAUGUAAAGUUGGCCCUGGACAUGGAAAUCAGUGCGUACAGGAAGCUCUUAGAAGGCGAAGAAGAGAGAUUGAAGCUCUCUCCGAGCCCUUCUUCCCGUGUGACAGUAUCACGCGCAUCCUCGAGUCGCAGCGUGCGUACAACCAGAGGGAAGCGGAAGAGAGUGGACGUGGAAGAAUCCGAGGCCAGCAGUAGUGUCAGCAUCUCUCAUUCUGCCUCAGCCACUGGGAAUGUCUGCAUUGAAGAGAUAGAUGUUGAUGGGAAAUUUAUCCGCUUGAAGAACACUUCCGAACAGGAUCAACCAAUGGGAGGCUGGGAGAUGAUCAGAAAAAUUGGGGACACAUCAGUCAGUUACAAAUAUACCUCAAGAUAUGUGCUGAAGGCAGGCCAGACUGUUACAAUCUGGGCUGCAAAUGCCGGUGUCACAGCCAGUCCUCCCACCGACCUCAUCUGGAAGAACCAGAACUCUUGGGGCACUGGCGAAGAUGUGAAGGUUAUAUUGAAAAAUUCUCAGGGAGAGGAGGUUGCUCAAAGAAGUACAGUCUUCAAAACAACCAUACCUGAAGAGGAAGAGGAGGAGGAAGAAACAGCUGAAGUGGCUGUCGAGGAAGAACUUUUCCACCAGCAGGGAGCCCCAAGAGGUUCCAAUAGAAGCUGUGCAAUUAUGUAAACUUCUCACGUCAACUGUCUUCCUCAAAAUAAACAAAUAUGGUAAUCCUUACCUACAUGCAGUGCAGAGCCUUCUCAGAAGCACAGAAUAUUUUUAUAUUUCCUUUAUGUGAAUUUUUAAGCUGCGAAUCUGAUGGCCUUAAUUUCCUUUUUUGACACUGAACGUUUUGUAAAAGAAAUCAUAUCCAUACACUUUGUUGCAAGAUGUGAAUUAUUGACACUGAACUGUGUACUGUUUGAAAAGGGUCCCUCAAAUUUUUUGACAUUUUUUUUGUAUGUGUGUGUUUUUUUUUAAGUUCUAAUGAGGAGGGGAGGGUAAAUAAACCACUGUGUGUCUGGGUUUAAUUUGAAGAUUGCUCCAUCUAGAUUAGCAAUCUGCUCUUGAUUAUUCUUUGCUAUAUAUAACGGUGCUGUGAGGGAAGGGAAAAGCAUUUUUCAAUAUAUUGAAAUUUUGUACUGAAUUUUUUUGUAAUAAACUAUCAAGGCUACAAAAAUUUUUUUUAAAUAGAAAAGAGAAAUUUUGUAAGAAGGCAAUAUUAAUCUAAUCAUCAUGUAAGCACUCUGGAUGAAGGAUUCCACAAAACUUUGUUUUAUGGUUACUUCUUCUCUUAGAUUCUUAAUUUGCAAGGGGA